AUGGAUCCUCAUGGUUUCUCCAAUCAUUGGGGGUAUCCACCACCAUCCUGGUGGUAUUACCCCGAGACUCCCUACAGCAAUCAAGGAGGAGAAGACUAUGGAUUCGGGUUCCAGUACCAACCCCCUUACUACGGAGAACAACCAGACCCCUGGGCAUAUCAAGAACAAUCUCCUUAUCAAGAAGAAUUCCUCCCACAACAAGAAGGGCCAUCGGAUCUGGAGUUACCCAUGGCGGCCUUCACGGGCCAUUCUGCAGAGCCAUGCUACACUCCACAGCCAGAUCCAAACUAUGAAUUGAGGCUUCUCGUGGAGCAGAUUGCUCGAGUACCUGAGAGAUCUUUUCCCGAGAUGGAGCCUCAUAUCCAGGCCAUUGCCCAAACUGACUUUUCCUUCCCCCGUGAAACAGAGGAUACCAUCCGGAGCAUAAAGAAGCACCUAGAGGUCAUUGAGAAAGCUUGUUCACAGUUUUCUCAAGACAACCUUUAUGCUGCCAUACAAGUAGAGGAGGAGGAAGAAAAAGGCAAUCAUGAGGAUGUUGAGGAGCAUACAGAAGUUGUCACAGAAAGCUCCCAUGAUAAUCAUGAUCAAGUGUAUCCUUUGGUGGUAGAUCAUAACUUUCACCAUUUCCACUCUGACAUGCUGGGCUCGAGUGAGGAGAUGCAAGCUGAACUUAUCGAGAACCUUGCAUGGAGACUUGCUCUCCAAUUCGUGCUGGAAGAAGAAGAGCAAGAAAGGGUGCAGAAAGAAGUUGUGGAGGAUGACAAAAGUGAAGCAGAAGGAGUUCUUGAUCUUUUCUCAGGGGUGAUACCACAUGAAGAAGAAAGGGAGGUUGAGGAAGCAAUUGGCGUCCAGGCUGAGGAUGAAGUUGAGGUGGAAGAGGCAUGCACCGGCCAUGAGUUGCAAGUAAUAUCCCCACCAAACUUUGAGGAACUGCUUGGCAAGGACCCAUUUGCAGUGUCUCUUUGCCAGACCAAGGCCACAUCGACAUCGGUCCCUCUUGGUGGACGUGAUGGUGGCCAAUCGAUGCUGUCAUAUCUGGUUUGGGGCAAUGAGACGAGAGAAGAGAAGAAGAGGUCUCGAGGGUGGAGACUUCAUCUGCAUCAAGUGCACGAGCCUUCAUCACCUGCCACACCACAUGCUCGUGACUUGAGACUCCACCUCAUCGACGAGAACCUCAACUUCAAGGAGGUUCUAGCAUGGACCGAAACUUAG